AUGGCGCCUAUUAAGAAUAUUGUUACUUCGGCCCUGAUGCUGACCGCAGCUGUGGCAGCUCCGGUUGAGCUAGACAGAAAAAGUCAUGCCAUAGCCGAUGCGCCUACCAGAACGCACAUGAAACACCACCAUGGCCAGCCAAUGCACAGGGCUUCUCCGGCCAUAUCUGGUCUGCCUUCUGGCACGUUCAACGCGCAAGCGAUGGAGUCAUCUGCGCUGGCUGCGGCAGCGAAUAUCCCGGCCGGCAGUCAAGAUGACGGGAUUUUCAGUAUCCUGGAUAACCUGCCACUCGAAAAGGAACGCAGACAGUUGGACGAGCUCACCCGUUUCCUGACCGAGGUAAACCAGGCUGUCAAGCGGGAUACCGUAACCCGUCGUCAACUCAGUACCAUCAAGUCUGCUCCAGCGGCAGUUGGUCAACUGGCAAACGUUCUAUCACUCGCAGAAAGCCUCCCUUUGAAGCGUGACGAAAGCAAGCGUUUCGAUGAUAUUGGCGGGGUUGGCCAUUUCAUAAAUGGUAUUGCCAAGCCUAAGCUGGAUGAUCUGGCCAGACGUGGCGGAGGUGGUGGCGGUCUCGAUCUUGACAGUAUUCUCGGCGGACUAGCAAAGCGCGGUGAGGAGAAAGAUGGAGCCGACAAUGAACACUACACCAAGCAAGGAGACACCCUGCUCAGAGAACUGAAUUCCAUGCUCGACAAGGCUGGUAAAGGUAAAGAAGAUGAGGGAUCCCAAGCAACUCCCAAGCCUCAAGAACUAUCUGGACUAGCCAAUCUUGUCAGGCGUGCCAUGGAGUCUUCCAGCCAACUUACAGAACGCGGAGGAGUAUUGGACGGCCUUGGCGGUCUUGAUGGUCUUGCAGGAGCGGUAAAUGGUCUCGCGAAACGCGAGGAUAUGACCGACGAACAAGUCAAACGUCAAUUGAAUGUAGCCAGCGCCAUUGCCACCGGCGCAUUGAGCAGCGCUGGUGGCGCUGUUUCCCAACCUGGAAAGCUAGCCACCGGAAAUGUUCGUCGAACUAGUAUCCAAGGCAGCCAAGCCGAUCCGGUGGCUGCUUCCAUGCUGCCUGUCGAAGGAACCAAGCCCAAGGACACCAACAACGACGAUGACACGACCGGCCCCGGGGAGAUCAACAAGGAGGUGGCAUCCGCAGAGGAGACCGCAGAAGCGGCCACCAAGAAAAUCGGUUCUGCAACCAACAAGGGCCCAGCCAAGGGUCCCUUGGGCAAGCGUCAGCUGCCUCCGAUUGCUGGUGCGGACCUCCCAACUGUUGUCAUGGGCCUCGCAGCCAACCCAUCGAUAGUCAUGGCCCCUAUAACUCAUGGUGUGAAGCUCGCAGGAACAGAUCUUGGCGACGCUUUACCAAAGUAA